UCUCUCGAGUCGACUUCUUCAAGUAACUAAAUUUCUUCUUCUUGUACAGUCUGUUGUCACAUCCUCUGAUAUGUGCAUAGUAUUCAGCGUGAGAGGAUUUCAUUUACGUCCUAGUAGUAGACCAUAAUGGCGGAGUUAGUAAACCGGCAUGUUGAAUCUAUGCUCCCAGAGCUGGAGGAGUACUCGAAGAACAACAUUUUCAGCUCGGAUGAAAUUCGACUGAUUCUCCGAAAGAGGAGCAUGUUUGAGUACCGCUGUCAGCGUAGGAUUGUAAAGAAGACGGAUUUUCUUCACUACAUCCAGUAUGAGAUCUAUGUAGAUCGGCUAAGGUUCACCAGGUGCAAGCUUCGGAGAGUGAGCGGAGCUGCAGCCACUCCGAAUAGCUUUGCAAUUGUGCAAAGAAUCCAUCGACUUUUCCGCAGUGCCUUGCAAAAAUUCAAGGGUGACCUGUGUCUGUGGCUACAGUACAUCAAGUUUUGUAAGGUGAGACACGCACCCAAGAAACUGCAGCAGGCUGUGCAGGAUGCGUUGAAGUUCCACUCGUACUCAGAGGGCUUGUGGGUGCUGGCUGCGCAGUGUGAUUUCGAGCGUGAUGAUAUCGACAGUGCUCGCCUCACCAUGAUGGCAGCCUUACGAGCCCAUCCCAAGUCGCACAAGAUAUGGUUAGAGUACUGUCGCAUGGAGCUCCUGCACGUGGACAAGCUGAGGAAGCGUUACGUCCUUACCGUUGCUCCGAGCAAGAAGUCUAAUAGGACACAUGUAGAUGAGGAAAAGCUACUGGAAGGCGAGCAGUUCUCCUGCAAGGUGGCCGAUCAGAUAUACCAUGCGGCAGCCAAGCGCAUUGAGGAUGUGGCAGUGCAUGUGAGCUUCUUGUCGUUGUUCCUCCGGUUUUCUUUCGCGCAGAAAUCUUGUGAUGCUGUGUAUGCAAAGCUUGCCGAGCAAUAUCCCGAUCACCCGGUCUCUGUAAAUGCCAGAUGCAAUCGUCCACUUGCAUCUCAGACGAUGUGGAGUGCAGCAGUGCGUGCGGAACGCGAGUGUGACUGCGACCAGCUGUUUCGUGCCGCGUUGGAUGAGAGCCCGUCGGUUGAGCUGUGGGAAUUCUACUGCCGCUUUUGGUUUGCCGCCGUGGAGCAUCAUCGCUUGAGAAGCAAUACACAGUCACUGGAGACUGCUCUUCGGCAGAUGUUCACUGCAUGUCAGCUAGCACUGGAUAGAGACAGUGUGUCACUGUCCGUCGGAAGACAUUGGCUAGACCAGUUACUUCUCACUGGCCAUCCUGCAGCUGCUAUCAAAGUCAUGGACAGUCUUCUCACUAAGUACAGCGACUGUGAAGAACUGUGGCUGAAGCGAUUACAGCUAGAACUGAGUCAACCGGAUAGCAAGUUUGCCGAGCUCGUGGAAGCUAGCCAGAAGAGUGUAGAACUGGAGAAAUCUCCUGACUUUCAGGCAAUGUGCAAGCUGGCAUCAGCAUAAUGUUGCUACUGUGGAAGGAGGUCUCGUAGGAUUUUAAUUUUGAAGAACAACCCAACGCUAACUAA